AUGGGCAAUUAUUUAUACUCACCAUCGCCUGCUGUUCAUCUUUUUAUUACUGGUCUUGAUGCAGCAGGUAAGACUACAAUUAUCUACAAAUUUUGUCAAAUGAAAAACAUACAAUUUGAAGUUAAAAACCAAUAUAAUUCAUUCAUGUGUUUCGAACAUAUUAAUUUUAAAAAUUACGAAACCAUUACUUUAGAUUUGGGUGGUAACAUGCGACCAGAGCCUUUCAUUACCAAAAAUGUUGUUGGAUGUAAUGUUCUGAUGUAUGUUAUAGAUAUUUCUGAUGUCUACCGUCGACAAGAAGCCAAAGACGAAAUGUUCAGAUUUCUUCAAGUCUCUGAAACUCGUGGUAUCCCACUGAUCAUAAUUUUCUCAAAAGUUGAUUUGCCUUACAACAUGACUGAAACUGAAUUUAUAAAAUUUUUCGAGCUUGACAAAAUAAAAGAACGAAAGUGGACUUUUAUAAUGAUGAGUGCUUACACAGAAAUGGGCUUGUUAGAGGGGUUUAAAUGGGUCGAAUCAAAAGCUAAAUUAAUUUUUUAA